GGCGUGUCCGCAGAAUCGUUGACAGCAGUCCGCGCAUGCGCACUGUGUGGAGUGUCAGGGAGGCAAGAUGGCGGCCCUCAGAGCGGGUCUCCUGACCCGAGCACUAACUAAAGGAAAAACACCGAGAAUCUCGGAAAUUGUCCUCGGAACGAGAGCAGCCUCUGGUGGUUCGAAGGACAUGCUGCCCGGUCCGUACCCCAAAACCCCAGAGGAGAUAGCAGCAGCGGCCAAGAAAUACAACAUGACGCUGGAAGAUUACCAGCCCUUUCCUGAUGACGGCAUGGGGCAUGGUGACUACCCCAUGCUGCCGAACCGAUCGCAGCAAGAGAGAGACCCCUGGUAUCAGUGGGACCAUCCUGAUCUGAGGAGGAACUGGGGAGAGCCGCUCCACUAUGACUUCGACAUGUACAUCAGGAACAGGGUUGACACGUCUCCGAGUCCCGUGGACUGGAGGACCAUGCGUAACACCCUGCUGGGGUUCGUGGGCUUCAUGAUGCUGAUGUUUGGCUUGGGCGAGAUAUUCCCCUGCUACCAGCCCGUGGCACCUAAACAGUAUCCUUACAACAACCUGUAUCUGGAGAGAGGUGGAGAUCCAGAGAAAGAACCAGAAACUGUCAAUCAUUAUGAAAUCUAAUGCUAAAAAACCUGUCUGUUCCAUAACUUGUGUAUAUUUCUUUCUCUCUAAUAAAGUUAACUUAAACUGAAA